AUGGCGGCGGCGAGCACCGGACCGUACCGCCGGGAGCGGAGCCUGGCUCUGAGGAACAGCAGCUCUGCCCUGUACAACAACCUGGCCGUGCUGUGCACUCCCGCCCGGCCCCCGGCCUUCGGAGCCGUGCACGGCACCAUCCUCAGCCUGCUGGGCAGCGAGGGUCCCCCCCGGCAGCUGCAGGCUCGGGGAGGGGGCUCGGCCCUCAGCACCCCCCUGCUCACACAGGCCGCCUGGUGCGAGCUCCCGGCGCGGGUGCUGCUGGUGCUCACAUCCCAGCGCGGGGUCCAGAUGUACGAGUCUGAUGGCUCCACCAUGGUGUUCUGGCACGCGCUGGAUGUCCCGGAGCAGCUGGCAGCACAUUCCGUGUUCGCCCGAGGCAUCGCCGCAGCCGGCGGCCGCUUCAUCUGCGUGGGGACGUCCUUUGGGGCCGUGCUGGUGUUUGACAUCCCCCCAAAAGGGACCAACGUGACGCUGAACGAGGUCCUGGAGCAGCACCGGGAUCCCAUCACCGACAUCGCGGCCGAGCAGGGCCAGGCCCCGGAUGGGGCUGGGGACCUGGUGACAGCUGAUGACUCCGGGACCCUCUGCCUCUGGAGCACUGGGGAUGAGUUCACCCUGGUCGGGCAGAUCCCAGGAUCUGGCUCCACCUGCUCCUCGGUGACGCUGUGGAACGGGAUCGUGGCUGCAGGCUAUGGGAACGGGCAGAUCCGGCUGUGGGAAGCGGGAUCGGGGCGGAUCUGUGCCCAGGUGAGCGCCCACGCCCGCUGGAUCUACGCGCUCGACCUGGCACCGCUCACCGGAAAGCUGCUGUCGGGUGCAGAGGAUUCCUUUGUCCAUGUCUGGAAGCUCAGCAGGAACCCAGACACUGAUGACAUCGAGAUCCAGCACUGCCACGCCGAGUGUGUGACGGACACGCAGGUUUGUGGUGCCCGGUUCUGUGACCCUGCUGGGGACACCUUUGCUGUCACCGGCUACGACCUGAGCGAGAUCCUCUGCUACGGCCCAGCUUGAGGCGGGACUGCCGGGAAUAUCGGGAACACCGGGAAUGCCGGGAUGCUCCGGCAGCGCAGCCGUGGGAGAGGGGUGAGCACAGACCCCCCCCUCCGCCUCCAGCUCUGUAGGGAUGUGUGGGGGGAGCCUGGCCAGGUUCCCCCCUUCCCAAAGCCCUCCUGAGGGCUGGGAGCUGCUCCAGCUUCACCACCCCGAGGGGAUCCCCGGGAUCCUCCCGUGGCUUCCCGCCCUUCCCGGAGGGUGGCGUGGCUGGGAACAGACCCGGCUCAGACGGGAGGAUCCCGGGAAACCUGUGCUACCUGCUGCUCCGGCCAGGAGAGCCCCGAGCCCAGCCCGACGUCCCCGGGUGCAGCCCUGCAAAAAAUGGGGGGAGGGAGGCCAGGGGAAGGUGGGUUACCUGGGAGUUCCCGCAUCCCAACCCCCCACAGGAUCCCAAAUCCCCAGGGAAUGCUGCAAUCCCAUGGCCGCUGGCCAGAUGUUUGAGGCCCCAGCUGUGCUCUGGGGCAGGAAACAGCAGCAGCAGCUGUAGCAGGACCCCAGGGACCUCCCCGGGUCCCCUCUAGCCCCCCUGACUGUCCUGACCCCCCCCAUGGGAGCUGAGGUGACCCCAGGCUCUGCUCCCAGGGUCCUGUGAAACUGGGAGGGGGAAAUGGGGGCUCCCAGUCUUGGAGAGGCCCUGAGGUAGGGGGAACCCCCAGCCCCUCUUGCCAUGCCAGGGAUCUGCCCCAUCCAUAAAUGACCCCCCCCCCCCCCCCCCCCAGUCUAUAUGUCCCACUCGUGUCCCCCCCAGCGUGUGGGUUCUG